UGUUGUUUCACUCAGAGAAGUGGACCAGUCGACAUUUUAAAAAUAGACUUCUUCAUCACAGGACAUUUGAGUAAAAUCUGCCUUGUAUCUGCAGUUAGCUCCACGUUUGCUGUGUUAUCUUGUUCUGCUCCACAAAGGACUGUAUAGUAUCCCGUUUACUGGGUCUGAUAUUCAGCUGCCAGUGGUUUUAAGAUGAGUAGCCAGUAUCAGCGUACCGUCCCUCUGGAAGUGAGGAGAUCAGAGGGGGAGAGGGUCCGGGCUAAACAUCCUGAUAAAAUACCUAUUAUUGUUGAGAAGGCUUCAAGAUCACGAGUUCCAGAACUGGACAAAAAGAAGUACCUAGUUCCCGCAGAUUUGACAGUUGGUCAGCUGUGUUUCCUGAUCAGACAGCGAGUGUCUAUGAGGCCCGAGGAGGCCCUCUUCUUUUUUGUCAAGAACUCCCUCCCCCCAUCCAGCAUGUCCCUGUCUGCUGUCUAUGAGGAACAUCAUGAUGAGGACCUCUUCCUGUACAUGACAUACAGCAAUGAAAGUGUGUACGGUGCCUGAAGCUGGUCAAAAAGGAUGGAGAAAGAUUGAGAAUGGAUGGUGAAGAAAGAGGAUAGGGAGACAGACUAAAAUUCCAAAUGUUUUGCCACUAUAAUCCCACAUAAGAUAAAUAUGAUGAGGAAAGGGCUUGGGCAUAGCUAAAGGGUGGGGGCUGGGUGUGCAUUUCUUUGAGUCAGUAUUUUUGGAGUAAUAUUGUGUUACAUAAUAUUCAUGAUCCAUGUCAGAAUUAUGAUUUGAAAAUACGAAUUUUGAGGAGAGUGGAGCUACGGACAUUUGAGCGAUCAAGGGUUGAAAGCAAGAGUAUAAGUUUGGAGAGAUGAGAGUGUGAGCUCAUCUUUCUCUCUUGACCAGUUCAUCUGUAUUUAAUGCAAAUAGUAUUUUUUUUAUGUAAUAUCAAGGACUUUUUUGUGCAAAAUAAACUCUUUGAGACUGA